AGAUCUUCGGGGAGAUCUCCCAGCUGGUACAGAGCGCGCUGGACGGGUACAACGUAUGUAUCUUUUGCUACGGCCAGACCGGAUCGGGCAAAACGUACACAAUGUCCUCGGGCGACGGCAUGAUCCCCCGCGCGACCAAGAUGAUCUACGAGACGGUACACAAGUUGAAGGAGAAGUCUUGGACGUACACGAUGGAGGGCAACUUCAUUGAGGUUUACAACGAGGAGCUUCAUGACCUUUUGACGCCCAACAAGGACCAGAAGAAGCUCGAGAUCCGGCAUGACGAGGCCCGCAAGACUACGACCGUGCUCAACUGCAAGAGUGUCACACUUGACUCCGAGGACACUGUGGAGAUUAUGCUCAAUGAGGCGCAGAAAAACCGAUCAGUGGCCGCGACCAAAUCCAACGAGCGCUCUUCCCGAUCACACUCGGUCUUCACGCUUAAGCUGAUUGGCGAGAACGCGGCUACCCAUGAGCGCUGCGAGGGAACUCUGAAUCUGGUUGAUCUGGCUGGUUCCGAGCGUCUCAAGUCGUCUGGUGCCGAAGGGGACCGCAUGAAGGAGACGCAGAACAUCAACACGAGCUUGAAGUCUCUGGGCGACGUGAUCGAGGCUCUUGGCACUGGCCAAAAGCACAUCCCCUACCGCAACUCGAAGCUGACGUACCUAUUGAGGAACUCGCUGGGAGGCAAUUCCAAAACACUCAUGUUUGUCAUGGUGUCGCCACUAGAGGCCCACCUGAACGAGACACUGUCGAGUUUGAGGUUUGCGACCAAGGUCCAUAACACGCACAUCGGCACGGCCAAGUCCACGAGAAAAUCCAAGAGCGAGUCGUGAUUUCUCAGAGGAGGGUUGCAAAUAUCACAAGAAUAGAUGAGCGGCUGAAAUGUAUAAAGGGGGUUCAAAGAAGGGUGACGGGCGUUGGCGAUGAUACCAAAGAGGUCAUGUCUUUUUUUCUUUCUAAUACCUGGUCUUGGCUUUCUCAUGUUGCACUGCGAGCAUCUUGUCUUGCGUACAACACCAGCCACAUUAUUACGUGGUGGAAUUUGUUGAUGUUGGAGUUGGGGGCUUUUGAUGAUGAUGGGUACUAUGCUGUACACCGUCGUUUGGACUGUUCGCGAAGCAUGACUUAUGACAAAUAGGAGGUAUAUCGAUCACCAAGGCUUGAAUUGGAAACCCUAGCGAGAGCUGUGCGGACGACGGCCGAUCUGUCGCUCUCGAGUUCAAGUGACCUGGGUCGUGGUCUAUCAAGCCUGGGACGACCAAGCAGUGGUCAGGGCAAGCAGCAAGGCAGUCGUAAGCCAGCGCUGGUGGUCCGACAGAGAGCGACUUCCCGUGCGAAUAUACUGUUUUCCAAUCCUUAAUCA